AGGGUGCAAUGGAGUACAAAAAGUGUGGGCUAUAAAACCAAAAUAUAUUUUUUCAAAUAUUUUAUUUUGUAUAUUUCUCAAAGUAAAUUGCGCUCGAAAUGUCUGGAAAAGACAGAAUACCUGUGUUCCCUUCUAGAAUGUAAGUAUGGUGAUGUAGCUUGUUAAUAUUACAUUAUUAUUUUAUAGAUUUUGGCCAUUGUAAAAGGCACUUGUAACUUUGGUCUUUGGAGUGAAAAAAUUAUCAAUAAUAGUAACAAAUUAACAUGCUUCAAUACUAAGAUUAAUGAGAGGCCGAGAGGGUCAGAAGUGAAGUAAAUAGUUAUAUUGAGAACAUUUCAACUUUUUCUGUCCACAUAGUGUACGUGUCAUGUGACCCAUUGUGCAUUUUAAGUGUGAUAUGCGCCCAAAUGACAAUAUUGUCGAUAGUUAAAUUGGCAUAUCUUAGGUGUGCAGAAUGCACCCCUGGAAGCAUGUGCCAAGGCAAUGCAUUAGUGCAUUUUGACAGAAAAGUUGAUUCGCUAUGUUCACUCAAUGCAAGAGAAAUUUGGAGCCCCUUCCAAAUUUGUCCAUUUUCAAAUAAAUUUGCUAUAGUUGGCAAAUGCCCACCCCACACACACACAUGGCACAAAAGUCCACCACCCAAAUUGGCAUCAACUCUAGCCUUAAUACUGUAGGGCUCUGACCAUUAUGAAGGGUCGUCUUAAAGGAGCUCAGAAAGGCCAUUCCUUAUUGAAGAAGAAAGCAGAUGCGCUGACGUUGAGGUUCCGAAACAUUUUGAAAGAUAUUAUUGAGGUAAACAUGCAUGUGGCAAUAUAUCAAUGUAAGGCCAAAUAAAAACAAAAAAUUGGUUUCAGGUUUCACAGCCAUGUUUUAUAUGGGUAAGUAGGUCGGAAAAACAUUUUAUUUAAAAAAAUAUUUUAUCUCAAGUAUGCAAUAACGGGAUCACCCGCAAGCUAAUGUGUUUCGCGAGAAACAAAUGUCUUUUUUCAGCCGUAGCUGCCAUGUCAGAAUAAUGUACGUUUUUAAUAUUUUAUUCAACUGUUCUUUGUAUAAAACUAUGAUUAACAUGACUAGAUAAUGAUUAAAUUAUAAGCAAACAAAAUAAUUUGUAGACAAAUGAGUUUGGUGACUAUUUAUAUAUUCUGCUAUUUACGAAAAGAUGAUCUCUACUGGGAAAUGUCAAUAAAGUCGGUCAUAUUUUUGACAGGUCGGUUGGAAACCUGAAACCAACUAUUAUUUUUAUUUGGCCUAAGACGCAAUAUGCCUGUGCUUUUGUUAACAAAUUUCUCUGUCUAAUGCCAGAUCAUUUUACUAAAGCUUAAAUUGUUAUAUUUUAGACAAAAACAGUUAUGGGUGAAAUCAUGAGAGAAGCUCAGUUUUCAUUGGCUGAAGCAAACUUUGCGGCAGGCGAUUUUAGGUGUGAUGUAGUUUUCGAUGCAAAGUACCUGAUACAAUCUGUCUUUAUAUCUACAAGGUCUGCAGUGUGGUGACAUUUUCAAAUUUUCUUCUAGUUAUGGAGUGUUAGAAAAUGUUGACAAAGCUCAAACGAAAGUUCGUGCAAGAAAUGAAAAUGUUGCAGGUAUAUUACAGUCGUGCCAAUAGAAGUGUUCUGAAAAAUGUUGACCAGUUCAUUUCCUAACUUGAAGGAACACCUCUGAACAAUUUCUUAAAAUUUUGAAAAUUUCCUUAAAAAGCUCCUAACUUCCUGUUACAUUGACCAAUCAAAUUUUAUAUUUUAUUUUUGAGCAAUCUGAUUGGUCAAUGAAACAGGAAGUUAGGAACUUUUUAAAGAACUUAUCAAAUUGUCGAGGAAUUGUUCAGAGGAACUCCUCGAAGUUGGGAAUUGAACUGGUCAACAUUUUUUGGAACGCUUCUAUUGGCACGACUGUAAUAAUGCUUAGUUUAAUGAAGCCGAUGAAAACAGUUGACCAUUAAGAUAACAUUUCACGAUUGCACCACCAAAGUCGCCCACUCAUAAUAAUUUCUCCACUGAUCCAUAUAUAACAUUUUAAUUUAUUGAAUUUAAGGAGUGACACUUCCACUCUUUGAGGCUACUUCUGAUGGUGCCAGUGGUAGGUGAAACUUGGUUAAUUUAUUUAAUUAAAGAAAAUAUUUGUGAAAUUUUUCAUUUGACAUACUUGUAAAUUCUUUGCAGCUUACGAACUAACCGGUUUAUCUCGUGGAGGGCAACAAGUUAACAAUUGCAAGGAAGUUUUUGCCAAAGCAGUGAAUCUUUUAGUUGAACUUGCAUCUCUACAGGUACUAAGCUUUGCAUCUUCUUCAGCACUAUUUCAGUUUUCUUGAGUAACUUGAGUUUCCUUCUUCAUUUUACACUCAAUCAGUAAGGGAUGACCUUUACUGUGGACCUAUCAGUGUAAAGAAGGUUACAAAACUAUCCAGUGUAAAGAAAGUUAGUUUAGUGUGAGCUUUAGUUUAGUGUGAAAAGAAAAAUAUGUUUUAUUCUCAGACAUCAUUUAUCACUCUUGAUGAGGCAAUAAAAGUAACAAAUCGUCGUGUGAAUGCUAUCGAACAUGGUAUGUUUUCAUUUUAAAAUGUAAUUUCAAUGCAAUUCCGCACCUGUCAGUUGUUUUGAUAUAAUUGUUUUAGUAAGAUAAAUUAUUUUUCUGCAAUUAGUGAUCAUUCCUCGGAUUCAGGCAACAAUUGCUUACAUAAACAGCGAACUUGACGAGCGAGACAGAGAAGAAUUCUUCAGGUAACUUAUUUGCAUGGCCCCAUCACUUAACUGUCCCCUAAAUUAUUGGCAUCCCCCCCCCCCGAGCAAUAUCUGAAGAUCUGUCUAUUACUUUAAACUCUUAAAUUUAGAUUGAAAAAGAUCCAGGAGAAAAAGAAAAUCCGUAAAGCGAAGGCAGAAGCAGAGAAAUUGGCCCGUGGUAUCAAGACAUCAGGUAUAGGUUUGAUCCCUGCCAAAGGGCCUAUAUAUACUUGCAUUUUUCACAACUGUUUCUGGUUGGGUCUAAAAAUGUAUAAAAUUAACAGGGGUAGAAAAAAUAGACGAGCACUGCUCACAGGAAAUGUUAAACAGCUCCAGGAAAUUCGUUUGAAUGAAGAUUUGCUAUUGAAAAUUUGAAGGAAACCUUAACACCCAUGUCCCACUAUGAGCGCAACAACAUAUGGUUGACAGACACUAUUCCUUGAAUUUAAAACCAUAGUCAGCUAGAACACUAUAUGUUUAUGCGCAUGCUGACUUAGCACAAAAAUACUCGGUUGGUCUGCAGGAAAUUUUUGCCUCCGGGUUGUGAUCCCAGGAAGAAAAUUCUUUUUCCUGCCCUGAAAAUUAAUUUCAUUCAAAACUUCCAACCUCGAAAAACCCUCCAACCAUCAGGUAUGUAAAACCUUGAGAUAAAAUAAAUCUAUAAAUUUUUUUAACUGACUAAAGAAAUGUUUGAAUUCAGAUGGCGCAACUCCAAAUCUACUUGAAGAUAAUAGAGAUGAGGAUCUUCUCUUUGAAUGAGGAAUGUACUGCUCAUGUUUGUGAGGACCUAAAUGGCAAUGCAACAUACAGUACAGUCGUGUACAGCAUGACAAGUAGAAAUUUAAAAUAUUUAUUUAACAGAAACAAAAUAAGGGAAUUAGAAUAGAUAAUUUUGUAAUAGAUUAAUGAGUCCUAAUUAACUUACUAAUCUGCGUAGCCCAUCAAUAUUAUUAUCAGUGCAUUUUUUAAGAUUCUUCAGUGGUGGGGCAAAACUGCCAAAGGGCCCAUUUUCCUUGCCGUCUCCCCAGGAUAGUAUGCGAUCGCCGAAGGUGUGAGCCGAGUAUCACAGGCGCAAGUUAGCUAGGGCUCUGGGAGCAUGCCCCCCCCCUGUCCCCAGGAAAUUUUUAAAAUUUGGGUGUCUGAAAUAGCAUUUCCUGCAUUCUGAAAAACAUUUAAAAAAAAAAACUCCGCUUCUCAGAACAAAGUUUUAAUGGUGAAAUUUGUAAUAAAUUGCAUGCUAAACAUUCAAACAUAACAUAAGUUUAAGUAUGCUCACCAAAAAAUUUUGUUUUUUAAACUUCUUUUCAAUGUUAAACUCAUUUACUCAAUACAGGUCCCAGGGCCCUGACUUUGGGGCAAUAGGCCAUUUUUUUCUUCAUUGGUGGGGCAGAGGAGGGGGCCCAGUGGAGCAAAUGCCCCACCAGUCCAUGGUAUUAAAAAAUGCCUUGAUUAUUAUUGAGCGAUUAAAUCAGAUUGGUCAAAUUGUUGAAUGGAAUUCAAAACUGGGGGAUUAGAAUUUGUGUAAAAAUCUGCACGGAAUCAGGCAGUAUUUGGUUAUCCAAGGCCGAAUUUCUGAUCUGGUCGGUUCUGAUCAUGUAAAUGAAAGUGUCCACGGGCUAUUGAGAUAUAUUCAGAUAACUUGUAAUUACUAUACCAUGCCAGAGAAUUUCUUUUUUAGGUUUUUAUUUUCUUAUGUUUAUAAAUUUAAAUGUUAUUAUGGCUGGAGAGAUUCUUACAAACGAACUUUAAACACGAAACUUUGUAAAAAAAACUACCGAGAGUUGUGUUUAUACUUGAUGAAUUACUGUAGUUCUAAUUAGUUUAUUAUGAAAUUGAAAUUAUAGCAAUUUUACUAUUGUGUCAGAAACAUACGAU